GCGCGCGGGGGCGGAAGCGGCGGCGGCGGCGGCGGCCGCUGUCAGAGCUGGAGAGCGGCCGGCGGAGUCGUCAUGGAGGGUCAACGCUGGCUGCCGCUGGAGGCCAACCCCGAGGUCACCAACCAGUUUCUCAAACAGUUAGGCCUGCAUCCUAACUGGCAGUUUGUUGAUGUGUAUGGGAUGGAGCCUGAACUUCUCAGCAUGGUGCCAAGACCAGUGUGUGCAGUGUUACUCCUCUUCCCUAUUACAGAGAAGUAUGAAGUGUUCAGGACAGAAGAGGAAGAAAAAAUAAAAUCUCAAGGACAAGAUGUUACGUCAUCAGUGUAUUUCAUGAAGCAAACCAUCAGCAAUGCCUGCGGGACAAUAGGGUUAAUCCACGCCAUUGCAAACAACAAGGACAAGAUGCACUUUGAAUCUGGAUCAACCUUGAAAAAAUUCCUGGAGGAGUCUGUGUCAAUGAGCCCUGAAGAAAGAGCCAAGUACCUGGAGAAUUAUGACGCUAUUCGAGUUACUCAUGAGACCAGUGCACACGAAGGUCAGACUGAGGCACCAAGUAUAGAUGAGAAAGUAGAUCUUCAUUUUAUUGCGUUAGUUCAUGUAGAUGGGCAUCUCUAUGAAUUAGAUGGACGGAAACCAUUUCCAAUCAACCACGGGAAAACUAGUGAUGAGACGCUGUUAGAGGAUGCCAUAGAAGUGUGCAAGAAGUUCAUGGAGCGCGACCCCGAUGAGUUAAGGUUUAAUGCAAUUGCUCUCUCGGCAGCAUAGCUUCUCGACAGAAAUGCCAAAUGUGUGUUACCUGCAACAAAACUUCAUUUCUGCUGCCAUAACUGACUCAAAAUUUUUGAUAUUUUCACUAACUUGACUGAUUAAACUUUAUGUGAAUAAACUUUGACAUUACCUGUG